AUGGGGAGCAGCUCAGCAUCCCUUUCUCUGGCCAAAAGGCAAGCGGAAUGUAAUCGCACCGUGUUCCGUGUCCAUAAGGGAGUCAAGGCGUUCUCCUUCUGCAGGAAGAAAAACCUGCUGGCGACAGGCGGGCUGGAUCGAAUCGUCAGGGUCUGGAAUCCUUACCUGCCUGGAAAACCAACAGGUGUGCUGAGAGGCCACACGGCCCCUGUGAUGUACGUACACGUAGCUGCGGAAGAAAACAAAGUGUUUUCCGUGUCUGCUGACAACACAGUCAAGAUCUGGGAUCUGGAGACCCACAGCUGCUGCUGUACAGUCUCUUCCAAAGCCAGUGGCAUCAAGGGAGAACUCACAGCCUGUCUGUAUCUCCCCAGACCUAGAGCCCUGUGUGUGGCCACGGGUACCCUGGCUCUCUUUCACCUAAAAGCGGGAUCUGUCCCAGAGCCCCACCUGCUGCGUUCCCACCAAGAGCCCGUGGUGUGCUGCAGGUACAACCCAGCCUUCAGGCAUGUGGUCAGCUGCUGCGAAGCCUCUGUAGUGAAAGUGUGGGACCUCGAAACGGGAAGAUGGGUGUCUGAAUUUAUUGGCAAUGCUGGCAUCACCUGUCUGGCCUUUGACUCCAGCGGAAGAAGGCUUGUUACUGGGGGAAGAGAUGGCGGUCUGAAAAUAUGGAGCUACAAUAAUGGACACUGUCUGCACACCCUUCAGCAUGAUGAAAAUCAAAAUGAAGUCUGCGACUGUACCUACAUGGAGGUGAACCGAAACGGGUGUGUCAUAGCUGUUGGAUGGGACCGAAGAAUAAACGUAUAUUUUGACAUUCCUCGUGAUUUUCAUCACUUCCGGAAGCCUCAGCCCCACUGGCAGGAUGACCUGAACCAUGGGCACAAGGAGGACAUUCUCUGUGUGGCUCAGUGCCCCCCUUUUCUUCUGGCCACCUCCAGUUACGACGGAGAGAUAAUAGUUUGGAAUGUCAUCUCAGGUCACAUGUACUGCAAGCUGAACACUCCCAGCCCCAUGGACCCUGGAGAAGGUAGGGAGGGCCCAGACAGAAGUGUUUCCCGACUCACCUUCCUAAAGACACGGCUGACGAAGUUGGAUUCAACAGCUGCUUCCCUCAUCAGCAAUGGGCCCCGAGGUUCUGUCAGUUUCUGGAAGCUCUUUAGUGGGUCUGGCCUCAUUGCAAACUUCACUCCGGCCAGAGAAAAAGCGCAGGUGAGUGGCAUCGUGGUGACAUCAGGAGACACUGUCGCCUACCUGGCUGACCAGCAUGGAUUUAUAUAUGUCUAUGACAUCCAGGAGUAUGGCCUCUGGGGAGCAGAGCUGCAGCCUCCCAACAUGGUGACAUCCUGGAGAGCUCACGUCAGCAUGGUGACUUCUCUGGAGCUGGUCGAGGGAGAUAGCAUCUUACUGUCCUCCUCCCUUGACUGCACAGUGCGCCUGUGGAGCAAGGAUGGGGCAUACAUAGGGACCUUUGGGCAGAAUCGCCCCUGGGAUGUUUUCACUCCUGACUCCUGGGGUCACCCAAGAGUCCCCUUGGAGAUUCUAACAGACCCUCAGAGCAUGCCUACCCACCUGGUACUGGAAACGGAUGUUCCAGCUGGAUGCUCGGGAGGACGGCAGGAGCAGGGCCACACGACAGAGGAGAAGGUCCUGUUUGAGACUGAAAAUACCCCCAACCCUCCGUCCCCAGAAGGCCCCGUUGUUGAAGUGGAGGCGAAAGCAGAUAAAAGCCGAUGGUCUGCGUUUAGCCAUGACAGACUAUUGUCAGCUCGAAGAAAGCCUUGCUGGAAGGUGCCUGAGCUCAAAUGGCCCAGCAUUUACCAGGCCCUCCAGUGCCAUGAGCUCGCCUUUGUGUCUGCUCUCGGAGAGAAGCCAGAUUUGUCUGUUACCGGCUCUGACUUGCUCCCUGUCAGUUUCCACAGCCCUGAAAGGGAAGUCGAGCUGCUGGAAAGGAAGAGACUCUCACCCUGGAGCGGUUUCUUGCCUGAGUGCUAAGGACCUCGACCUCCGCGCUUGGCCAGCGUAAUGGAAGGGUCUGGCUGAGAUUAAGGCUUGUCCCUGAGGCACAGAAAAGAACAA